AUGAAGAGUCUCACAAUUUUUGUUGCUAUAGUAGUAUUUUCAAGCUGUGUCACAUCUCAAUUCCUUGACACUAUAGAUGAUGAAGAGAUCCAAUGGUCGGGUUACUCUAAGGCCCCCUCUAAGGCGCCUACCCACAAACACAAUCCACAUGAGCAAAUUAAGAAGUGCUUUUUCAGUUACAAGAUGGUAACAAAAUGUUUGAGUAAGGCGUUAACCAAAAGACCAACCAUUGAUUCUGAGUCUGACUGCUGCGCCACGAUCGAGAAGUUGAAUGAAAACU